AUGAAUACUAGGGCGGAUUCCGCCGCUGCCGACGGCAGUGCUACGCCACCAUUAGCCACGCAAUUAGUCAAAGCAGAACAGAAGCAGUCAGAAUUGCAACAAUCUCCAACACAUUUUACACAUAUGAUUCCCAUUGCGAAUCUGCGCAAACUCUCCGACGCGCUCUCCGGGUUCCAGCGAUGCUUCGGCGAGCUACAACGGCACAUUGAUACCAUGCGAACCUCAAUCGACUCCUCUCUGCUACUACUACUGCCGCGAAACAAUGAACAGUCCACUACUACCACUCCGCCGACACCGCCAUUCCCAGAGCCAGAACCAUUUGACCCCUCUGAAGAGAAAGAGGAAGAGGAAGAGAAAGAGCAACUGAAAUCCCCUGCUCGUUCAGGGCCAAAAUCGUUUCGUUUAGAGCUGAAAUUUCCUCCUCGUUCAGAGGUGGAAAUCCUGUGCGAAACAAUGAACAGUAACGGUCUGCAGAAGUACAUGAUAAGGCAUCUCUCAAAUAUAAGAACAGUGAAACGAAGAGUUCCAAAGGCAUUGAAACUCUCGCCUAAUCCUGCAAGGCUGAUAUUGGAAUGCAUCGGCGAUUUUUAUUCUCAAGGGAGCAACACUUAUGUCCAAGGCUCACCUGAAAGGCAGGCUAAAGUAUUGCUUUUGGAGUGCUUCUUGAAUAUGAUGGGAGAGUCCGUAGUUGAGAAUGAGGUGAAGGAAGAGGCAGAACAAGCAGCUUUAGCAUGGAUUAAGAGGUUGAAUUUCAAAGGAGGAGGUAUACUACAGGCUCAAGAAAUUGAAUGUCGGGGUUUGCUGUUGCUUAUUGGGUGUUUCGGGAUUCCACAAGCAUUUACAAAUAAAGAUAUCAAGGAUUUGCUGCACCAAAGUUACAUCAAGAUGAUUUCUGCUUCCCUUAGGAGAUCAAGUUUUCUCAUGGCAAAGAUUCCAGAAAUAAUAGAGGGUAUGUUGAAGCAAAAUAUGGUAGUUGAAGCCGUUCAUUUUGUCUAUUGUUUUGGACUUGAGGAGAGAUUUAACCCUCGUAGACUGUUAACAUCAUUUUUACAAGAGUCUGAAGUGUCAUUAUUGGACAAAAUUAAGAAGUAUGAAGAAAUGAAGGGAUCACAAGAUUCAGUUGUUGUUGCUAAGAGUAUUGGUGUAAGAAGGAGGUACGUGGCUGGUUUGAGAUCUGCCAUCCAAUGUUUGGGACGUCACAAUAUUGAUCAUUCGAAAUUUCUCCCCGGGUGGCAAUUUGAAAUAAAAAUAACACGCUUGGAGAAAGAAAUUGCUCAAUUGAGGAAGAGGAUGAAAAGUGAUCGAGAGGUGGCACGAAAGAGAAAAAUUGAUGAAGCUAAGUGGUUGGGCAACAAAGAAGUGAAGCACUCACAUUUUUCAAAUCCAUGUCUGCCACCACAACGUCGAGCUGCUAAUCAUGUUGAUGAUAGCAACAACACCUUGUUAGAAGGUGGUGGGACUGCUGACCGCAUUUAUGGUCAUUCUCUGUACCCUUCGGUAUUGCAUGGACCUGUUACAGGUAUAUCAGCAGGCACGGAUGUUGUUAUGCAAGGACGUUCAUAUGCUGGCGGUCAUGGAGGAAGUCAAGUUAAUAGUACAACCGGGCAAAUGGGAAGUCAUGCUGGUCAGUUAUAUGGAUCACGUGGUGAUGCAGCCGUAUAUGACAGACUGCCCUCCCACAGCUAUGCUUAUAGGCCAUCAUCCUACUUGGAAUGCUCAGGCUCUAUGGGGUUGCCAAACACCAUACUUGGUGAUGCUUAUCGGCCUCCACCAUACAUGGAAAGCUCUAAGGGGUUGCCCAGUACCAUACAUGGUGAUGUUAAUAGGGCACCGCCAUACUUAGAAGGCUCUGUGGGGUUACCAAGCACCAUAACCGGUGAUGCAUUUAGGCCUCCACCAUACUUUGGAGGCUCUACGGGGUUGUCAAACACCAUAACCGGUGAUGCAUUUAGGCCUCCACCAUACUUUUGA